AGCAAUUCUUUUGCAUCUUUUUUGUUUUUUGUUUUUUGUUUAAUAGUGUAAAAAUGAUUUUGGCUGAUAAGUUUGAGCUCGAGUUUGAUACUCCAACUAACUUACCUAAUCUUGGUGUUUACAAAGUUGGGUUACAUUUGAUACAAGUCUUUUUUGGAUUUCUUACAAUGUGCUUGACAGCGUCAGUAAUUUCGACCGAAAGGACUUAUUAUAGCUCAAGCCAAGGAGCACCCAACUAUACACUGGUGAUCACUCUAUCAAGCUUAUUUGUAUCCGUGGCAUUGGCCAUGUUUCCCUGGCCUAAGUUUAACAAUGGGGUCUAUCCAAAAAUAAGGGCAUUCUUUUUACGUCCUCGUACAAGCCUUAUCUUUACUUGCUUCUUCUCUUUGACUUGGUUUAUUGUCAUGAUCGCCAUGACUGUUCAUUCAACAAAUGAUUCAAAUUGUAAUCUAGAUGAAGCAUUAAUAAAGAAACACUCAGGAUACGCUAAUGCUUGGAAGAAUCAGUGUAACUGUGCAAAGACUGUAGCAGCCUUUAGCUGGUUCUUGUUUUUUGCAUGGCUUGGCACAGCCGUAUGUAGCGCUAUUCUCUUAUGGCAUGAAAAAAAGCAAAGACAUUUAGAAAAGAAUACAGACCAACAAGCCAAGGAUCAAGAAAACCAUACUGUUACUUCUACUGCGGAAUACAAUGAAGAUGCUCAAACUAUUGUAAAUGAAAAAGACAAAGAAUCAUACCGUAGUGGGUCUCCUUUUUCUAGUAGGAUUGAACAAGACAAACAAAUGAGUAAAGCCCAUAGUCCUGUCUCGGAUGAGACUUCUUUUAUGGCGAAUGGCUAUUCUUCUCCUUUAGCAGAAGUCAACACUGCAACAUACUCUCCAUUGAUACAUGAGCCUACUUCCCCUUACAGUGGUGUACAAAAUCCUGUUUCAACGAUUACUGCUCCUUUCACCCCAAGUAAUUUGAUGAGCCCACAACAAGUACCUCAAGUUGGCUUUGGUUCACCUCAAUAUCCAGUAUCAAUCAAUGAUACUGUUUCAUCAUACCCCCAUUCUCCUUAUACCUAUACUAGCUCACCUAGUCAUGUUUAUCCAGCUCAACAACCUUAUUAUCCCUCCCAUAGCUCAUUACCAAUGAACCACCAAGCACCUGUGGUCCAGCAACCUGAGAAUUAUCAAAAAGACAUGUACCAGUAA